AUGUCUAGUAUUGUUUCAAUUGCAAUAGGAUAAUGUGGUAUUUCAAUAUAAGAAAAACAAUGGAUAACUCUGCUUUAAGAGUAUGGGAUUGAUGAAUACGGAAUAAUCAAUAAAUUGGAAAAUGAUAAAAAAUUAGACUCAUAUUUUUAUGAAGUAAAAGAAAACGUUUACAAGCCUAGAGCUCUUUUUACAGAUUUAGAUGAUCAUCGUAUUAAUUCCUUGCAGAAUGCUGGUCUAAAAUAACUAUUUUAAGGAGUACCUACAGUUUAUUCAAUUGAUGGUAGUCAUAAUCUGUUUGCAAGGGGAAUGUAUUCAGUAGGAAGUUAAUUAAAAGAUGAAAUUUAAAACUAAAUUACAUAUUUAUUAGAAUAAUGUGACAGUGUAGACUCUAUCUAAAUUUAAAACUCAUUAUGUGGAGGAACAGGUUCUGGGUUAGGUAGUUUAAUAUGUGAUAUACUAUAUGAGGUUGCUCCAUAAUACAUAACUAACAAUCUUGUGUAAUAUCCAGAUUUAAGCACAUCAAGCUAAAUGAUACUAGAAAAUUAUAAUACUAUCCUUGGUUAAAGUAGAUAAGAUGCUUUAACAUUAACGUUACCCUUUUGCAACUAAAAUUUAUAGUUUUUGAAUGAUGGCUCAUAUAAAAUUUAAAAAUAAAAAGGAUUUGACAAUAUAAAUAAUGUUAUAUCACAAAUUCACCCACUCAUCACUAGUGGAUCGAGAUAUCAUGGCUCAAUUAAUGCAAGCACUAGAAAAAUAUGUACAAAUAUAAUACCUUUUCCAAGAUUAAAACAUAUGAGUAUGAUCUGCUUACCUCUUAAUUAUUACAAAUAAAAAUAGUAAACAUAAUUAGAUUAUAUAGAAAUGAUACAUGAUAGUGUUAAUUAAGAAUAUUCUUUUUUCAGUAAGGAUACAUUUAAAAUAUUGUGUUCUCAUCAUAUGAUACGGGGAGCUGAUAUUCAUUAAGAAGAAAUAGAAUCAGAGUAUAAUAAAUUAUACAGAUCAAAUAAUAUUAUUGCAACUGAUUGGAUACCAAAUUCUUGCUCAAUUUCUUAUUGCAAUGUUCGAUGUCAAUACAAUUCAAAAUUAAUUUUUUCUAUAAUUUCAAAUUAGAAUAUAGCUCGGUACUUUGAAAAAUACACUUAAUAAUAUUCAUAACUAUUUAGAAGAAAGGCAUAUUUGCAUUACUAUCUAUAAGAAGGUAUGGAUGAAAUGGAGUUUACAGAAGCAGAAUCAAAUUCUAAUGAUUUAAUAUCUGAAUAUUAACCAUGUGGAUACUAUGGUGAAUAUGAAGAUUAAGAUGAAGAUGGGUAUUAUGAUGAUGAUUAAUAAAUGUUAAGUUAUUUUGAUUGA